CAGGGCUGUGGAUGUUCCCGAAUAUCGCGCAUGCGCGCAGUAAACAAAAGGAGUCGGGGUGAUCGGCACAGGUUAAAAAUGACAAGGAAUUUGUCUACGGGAAUCUCGAACACAACACGCUAGUUUUGCUGUCUCUGUCCAAAUAAUUAAGAAGUGGAACAAGGGAUUCACUCGAUCAUCCUUCCUGCUCAGACUGUGGGGAGGGAUUCACUCGAUCAUCUGAACGACUGGCAUGCCUGUCAUUUUACACGGGGGGGGGGGGGACCCAUUCAUCUGAUUAGACAGUGGGAAUGGAUUCAGUCGGUCAUUUCAACUGAAGGUGCAUCAGCAAGUUCACACUGGGACAAGGCCAUUCACCUGUUCUGUGUGUGAGAAGGGAUUCAGUCGGUCUUCCCACCUAUGGACACACCAGUCAGUUCACACUGGGCAGAGUCUGGUCAUCUGCUGAAUUUGUGGGGAAGGAUUCAUUCAGUCAUCUGACCUAAUGGCUCACCAGCGAGUUCACACUGGAGAGAGGCCGUUCACCUGCUCAGACUGUGGGAAGGGAUUCACUUGGUCAUCCCAACUGAAGGUACAUCAGCGAAUUCACACUGGAGAGAGGCCAUUCACCUGCUCAGACUGUGGGAAGGGAUUCACUCAGUCAUCCACCCUAAUGGCUCACCAGCGAGUUCACACUGGAGAGAGGCCAUUCACCUGCUCAGUCUGUGGGAAGGGAUUCACUGAAUCAUCCUCCUUAAAGAGACACCAGUCAAUUCACACAGGGGAGCGGCCGUUCACCUGCUUAAUCUGUGGGAAGGGUUUCACUGAAUCAUCCUCCCUAUUGGGACACCAGUCAGAUCACACCGGGGAGUGGCCAUUCACCUGCUCAGACUGUGGGAAGGGAUUCACCUUCUCAUCUCAACUGAAGGUACAUCAGCGAGUUCACACUGGAGAGAGGUCAUUCACCUGCUUAGUCUGUGGGAAAGGAUUCACUUGCUCAUCUAAACUGAAAGAACAUCAGCGAGUUCACACUGGAGAGAGGCCGUUCACCUGCUCAGACUGUGGGAAGGGAUUCACUCAGUCAUCCCACCUACAAGCACAUCAGUCAGUUCACACUGAAAAGAGGGAUUUCACCUGCUCAGAAUGUGGGAAAGGGUUCCCUUGCUCAUAUAAACUGAAGGUACAUCAGCGAGUUCACACUGCAGAGAGGGAUUUCAACUGCUCAGAAUGUGGGAAGGGAUUCACUUGCUCAUAUAAACUGAAGGUACAUCAGCGAGUUCACACUGCAGAGAGGCCAUUCACUUGCAAAGACUGUGGGAAGGGAUUCACUUGGUCAUCUAAUCUGAAGGACCAUCAGCGAGUUCACACUGGAGAGCGGCCGUUCACCUGCUCAGACUGUGGGAAGGGAUUCACUUGCUCAUCUAAACUGAAGGAACAUCAGCGAGUUCACACUGGAGAGAGGCCAUUCACCUGCUCAGACUGCGGGAAGGGAUUCACUCAGUCAUCCACCCUAAAGGCUCACCAGCGACUUCACACUGGGGAGAGGCCAUUCACCUGCUCAUUCUGUGGGAAGGGAUUCACUUGCUCAUCUAAACUGAAGGUACAUCAGCGAGUUCACACCGGAGAGAGGCUGUUCACCUGCUCAGACUGUGGGAAGGGAUUCACCUUGUCAUCUCAGCGACUCAGACACCAGUCACUUCACACCGGGGAGUGGGCAUUCACCUGCUUAGUUUGUGGGAAUGGAUUCACUCGGUCAUACUACCUACUGGUACCCCAGUGAGUUCACACUGAGGAGAGGCCGUUCACCUGUUCAGACUGUUGGAAGGGAUUCACUCGGUUAUCUCAACUACUGAGACACCAGCGAGUUCAUACUGGUCCGAUCCCCUACUAAGAGUUAAGGAAGAAAUUCUCUCAGCCAAAUCAAGCAUCAUUGAGUUCCCACAGGGGAGAAACUAUUCACCUGUUGUGAAUGUGGGAAGUGAUUCACUCAGUUAUCUAACCUUGUGACACCUUACGGGGUUCACACUGGGGAGAGAGUUUCAGUAAGCUGCAUUCUGGAUACUUAUGCAUCACCAUUGCUGAACGCUAUUUCGAGAGUGUCUGACGGUGCUGAGCUGUGUAAUUAUUGCUGUUCCGCACCCUGGUCACUGGACAUGGGAGAAGUUUCUUCUGCUGCACAUUCACCUUUAAUGGGACUGGAGUUUAGUAUUCUGGAUCUGAGAUAAAUAAAUCAGUUCUAUUUUAAACUCUGUCUCUGGUACUUAGUGAAUUUACAACACAACUAGUGUACAGUAGAGAAUCAACUUUGCCAGUGAUUCAGUUCCACGACGGUCCUUUUAAAUCCUCCCCUGUUGUUCAUCUCUCGCUCUCCCUGUGGUGAUGGGUUCCAAACAGUCACCACUCUGUGGGUGAAGAGGUUUCCCUUGAAUAUUCUGCAGACUGAAGAAGUCGAGCUGACUGCAGUUCUGUCUGAGAUGUUCAUCGCCCCUCAAAUCUCUGGGCUGAGGAAGAAUGACAUUGGUCGUUAACCUCCUUAUUUAGGGCUCAUUUCCACAUUAUGGGUCAUUUUCCCUGCUUGUAAAGGGUUGUUAGAAAAAAAAAAACACUGUCCUCUAAAUACUGAAAGCAGAAUGGGAAACCAUCAGUUGGAUGUUCAACGAAACAGGGUCAGAAACCAGAGGCUGGUCUGCACAGGGCAGAGUUUGGGGCUCUGGACGAUGGUCGGGGUAAGAACGUAUGAUGAGGAGAAGGGAAUCAGCAGCGGGGCAUGGCAACAAAUGACAGAGUAACAACGUUUGGAAACUGAUUGGCAGAGAAAAUAAUUCGGUUGUCUGACUAUUGACACAAGUAAUGCCUGUUGUGAGGUGCUCCACUGGUCGAGGACAUAUGUGUGUUGAGAAUGGUUUUAUUUAUUGAGGGAGUUGUUCCUGCUUGUUUAUCCUGUCAUACUAUAUCUGGAUGGUUAUUAUGGAUUAUCCUAUCAGUAAUGAUGUAUUGAUUAUCAUAUAAAUUGUGAGAUUCUGUCCCUAACUGGAUCAGGCUUGAAUUUAUGGUGCCUUAAUGAAGUUAUGGUGGUCAUUCAUGAGUAGGUAUUUUAAAGCAAGAUUUUGGUGAAUGAUAUUUGCCACUUGAUUGUACCUGCAUAAGUAAUCAGAUUGAGUUAACCUGCUGCAGGAUCCUGGAAUGUGUUGGAUUGUGUCUGGUUUCUCUUGGCAAUUUCUGCAUUUCCUUGUUUGUUUGUUUUGUAUGUUUUUUUUUUCUUUUUGUUAACCACCUUGUCCAGUAUUUCUGCAAGGAACCCCUCUGUUUCUGGGAAGAGGUCUCCAACUCUCAGUCAGGUGCUCGAUGCUUCCUUGUCACCAUCUCGUCUGCUCAGAUCGUUGGGAUGUCUCCCAUGGAGGGUCAUACUCAUUCCACUGGUUAAUGUUUUCUUCCAUAGUGAUGAUUCAUUUUUCUGAGUUAGCCUCUCAUUUAAGUUUUUUCGUCUGUAUCUCUUAUCACAAUUGCAUAUGCACAUGGGGCACUGAAUCCUAUUAUUUUUUGAUGAAAAUAUAUACUUAGAACUUUUCUCUGACUGUUGUGUGAUUUUUUUUCAUGUGUGUUAUUCUUCCUCCUUCUAUCCAGGGUAGUGUUAAUCUAAGUGGAUUUCAGUGUAAAUAGUCUUUUCUAAAUUUGUCAUUUCAGUUCUUAUUUAUCUUUGUAAAUUUUACUGAUUGAAAUGGGACCAAGAUAUUUUCAUUAAAAAGUUAAUGUCGGUAUUGAUGAGAGUGUUUAUUGCCUUUGUUGUAUUUGUUCACUAUUGAGCUCUGUUUGGCAGGUUUAUUUAAGCCUUGAACUGAAUUUUGUCAAAGGUUUUUCCAAUUUUGCACCACUUUCUAUUGUUUUUGCUUGUUGAUUUUUCAGAUAUGUCGGUAUCAAGAGUCCCAAAGAAGGGUCUUGGCCCAAAAUAUUGAUUCCCAUCCAUAGAUGCUGCCUGACAUGCUGAGCUCCUCCAGCACUUUGUGUGUAGUUCUCUAGAUUUCUAGCAUCUGCAGGUCCUUUUGUUUCCCAGAUACUUAUGUGUUUCUUGAAAGAACAAGCCACGAACAAGCUGGUAGUGGGGUUGUGU